ACAGUUCAUGGGAUAUGGGUACAGCAGAGUUCAAUCAAUUCUCACUGACAGUCUUUGUUUUAUGAAAUUUGGUGAAGCUUUGGCUCAUGUCGUUUUGCAAGAAGAUAUUGUAAGAGGCCUUUAUACCGCACUGUUGACAAUGGUAGCCCGGCGUGUUUCGUGCACAUGCAGAGCCAGCUGACAGACGACUUUUUGUAGAAAGAAUGAGAAAUGUUGCUCGGUCAUCAAUUUAGGAAUUGAUUUUCUCUUUCAUUGAAUUUAGCAUUUUGUAUUUGUGAGUGUGGAGUACACCCGAUACUCGUAUGGCUCUGCUUGGGUCCACCACGCUGAAACUGAUACAGCGUCAGCUGUACACCUGCUUAUCAAAGCCAUAUGGAAUCGUGCUGCUCCUGGGAGGAGUAUUGUUCGCUUUCAUUGCUAUACUUCAUCUUGGAGAGGUUGCAUUACAAUGGAGUAUGGAUCAGUAUGCUGCACAGUUCAGUCUCUACCAUGAUAACAUUGUUGGAGAUACGUUUCAGGACAAGUUAUGUUCUCCAUUGCCUAUUGAUGUAGUGUACACGUGGGUCAAUGGUAGCGAUCCAGCACUGAUAGCAGACCUAGAAGCAUACAAGUAUCAGUUGGAAGUGGAGUUGAAUGUUACUCGUGCCCGUGAGGAGCUGAAACGCCAGCAGCAGCUGGAAGAAGAAGAAAGAAAAUCUAGGAAUUGCACUGUCACUGGUAAAAACGUGACCGUGUGUAGGAAUACAGGAAAUCGUACAAGAACAAGAUUAAAAGAUGCUGCUGGCGAAGUCAUCUGCCCGUUUUCUGAUUGCCUACCGUUCGUGACAAUAGUUGUUCAGCUACACAUGCCUGACAACACCACUGUUGAGCAGUUUCAAAGAAUAGGCUUUUCCAGUGCUAAGCGUGUGUUCAAGACCCGUGCCGGUGGUUGGCAUGGUGAAGAGGCGAUGGCUUUGGUGUACGCCAGCAAAGAGUCGCUCAAGGCUGACUUGUUCACGCUCAAGAAAUCCAAUGUUACUUGGGGAAACAAGAGUCUGGGUUUCACCGAAUGCUAUGUGUCAACACUGUCGACGUUGAAACGGGCCUCGUCCUUAGAGGAUCACCUUGUUAUGAAGGGUCUUGCAGAGAAUGUCGCUUUGAGUGAUGUCAUAUCGUUUGCAAACCGUACCUUCAAUGGAACUGUGCUGGAAGCUCAUCUUUGGUCAGCAAACAACAGUGCUGUUUUACGGUUUUGGAACCGCACGUUCGCCUCUAAAGCGUAUUCUACCCCCAAAAGUGAACUGACCCUGCAGGAGAAGCAAGUGGAGUUAUCCUAUGGGUAUCUUGUGUGGGAUGAGCUCAAGGACCCCAAUGCUCCAACUGGUUUGCCUGAAACUGAUGACAUAUCGUCAGCCAGUCGCUUCCAGGACAAUGAGGAGUUGCGUUUCUCCCUGCGUGCCUUGGAGAAGAAUGCCCCCUGGAUUCGUAACAUCUACAUUGUGACUAAUGGCCAGAUACCUCGCUGGCUCAACCUCAACCAUCCUCGCAUCAAGGUUGUGGCACACAAGGACAUCUUCAUCAAUCAGUCUCACUUGCCUACAUUCAGCUCACCAGCUAUAGAAUCACAUCUCUUCCGCAUAGAUGGACUGUCAGAUAGGUUUCUCUAUCUCAACGAUGAUGUCAUGUUUGGUCAGAAGGUUUGGCCAGAUGAUUUCUACACGCAUUCACGUGGGCACAAGGUAUAUAUGGCAUGGUCAGUUCCGCAGUGUAAUAAAGGAUGCCCUAACAGCUGGCUGAGGGACAAAUACUGCGAUUCAGCCUGCAACACAUCACUGUGUGACUGGGAUGGUGGAGAUUGUCUUGGUUUAAAACCGGGACAGAAGCGCCAUUACAGCUCAUUUAGCAGUACAUGGGCCAACAAAGACAAAUCAAAGUAUUGUCAUGGAAGUUGUGCUGAUACUUGGAUUGGAGAUCGCUAUUGUGAUACCGCUUGCAAUGUGUUGGAGUGCGGCUUUGAUGGUGGCGAUUGUGAGGUUGGAAACUACCAUCGUCUCUGGUCACAUCCCCUCAACACCGCUGUGGGCAAUGUCACUGUCCCUACAGGAAACCAUGCGGUCUACUUCAACUUGAGUGAAACGUUCACCAAAGUCAGUUCUGGCGACUUCAGUGAUUCAUCCGUCGUGCGUGCAGCCAUCGUCUCUCAGAAGUUCAAAGUUCUGACAAUGGUCUUUAACCGCAAUCACUCACUCAGUACUGUGUCUCUCUUUCUUUCUGGGGAGCUUGGCAACACAACCAAUGUUGAGGUCAGAUUUAACUUACUCGUUGAUACGAAACACCUUGGAGAAGACCAGGGCAAUGUUACAGUAGCCAAUGCUACUUCCAACGCAACUAUCUCCGCUACUGUCCCACCUACGCUACCAGCUAACUUGACAGCGCCCACGGACCAGUCAAUCCUGUUCUGGAUGCAGGGCAUACCGAGCCACUGGUCCACAACACCGAGUGUCCGUGACUACCCUACCACCAUGCCAAACAUCACCAACAUCUCAGUACUACCAGAGGAUGUCCAAGCCAAGGUAACCAUCCUCAAGCGGCAGCUGCACGACGAGGAAAUCACGCCGAAAGGUUAUCAUAAGUUCUACGAUGCGCUAGUCUCGCCACACAAGACUGUCGUACUGGCGGAGUACCGGCGCCAGGUAGGUGCCGCUCUGGCCAUGCCCCCGACGACUGUUCCUACGGCACAACCGUCCACUACUGAUGGUCCUGGCAACGGCGGGGAUAGAGAAGAAAGCCCUGUACCUGUGCCAGGUCAUGAUGCUGAUGUUCAUGCUGACACUGGUGAUGACAUUCCUGCUCACAAGCAAUCACUUGAUAGUCAGCAUACUACUACUGACAAUGGUGAUAAUGCUGCUGCUGCUGAUGAUGGUGUGGAUCAGGCAAACAUUCAGCCAACGCAAGCUGCCACUGCACUCCCUCCAGCGCAGCAGUCAUCGUCGUCGUCACAACACAAACACCAGCAGCAGCCACAGCAACAACAACACACUGGUAAAGCUGCAAAGGCUGGCAGCAGUUCUGAUAGCAGCCACGCAGCACACACUAGUGACAGUACAAAGGUGUCUGCAGACAAGUUGUCUGACUCAGCUCAGCAGCAUCUCUCCUCUCACAAGGUGCACAAAAGAUCAGAAGAUCAAGAUGAUAAUGAGGCGGCUGCUCCAGUUGCUAAAUCAGCAGCAAAGACCAAGAGUCCACACACAACCAGCCACUCAGCUGCCACCACAGUACUUCCUAUGCGCAUUACAUCAGCCAAGUCUCUAGAGGCAGACGAAAAGGAGCAAGCGUCCAGGAAGACAAUGGCAAAGGCGCAGGAAGACUGGGAGAAAUCUGCCACUACUCAGGCUGCUACAGAGUUUGUUGGAACAGGCUCUCUGCCAUGGGAGCAACGGAAUACGUUCACACAGAUGCUUACAGAACUUCACAACAGACGCAAAACAGAGGAGCAGUAUCACACGCAAGCUGCACCAGGUCGCCGACAUCUCAUGGACACGUUCGCCGACUCUCUGCGACAUGUCAACCGCUUGUUCAAUCGCUUUUUCGGCUUCAAGAGUCGAAAGGUGCCCGCUCACAUGCCGCAUUUCAUUGACAAGAGGAUCUUUGCGCGUCUACAUGCAAUGUUUGCUGAGGAGUUUGCAGAGACAUCAUCUCACCGCCUGCGUAGCCCCGAGGACAUGCAGUUCAGCUUCUCCUAUUUCUACUACAUGAUGAGCGAGAGGAAACCGUUCAAUGUUACCGAGGUCUUUGAACAAUUUGAUGUUGACAAUUCAGGACAUCUAUCACAUCGUGAACUACGCACAGUGGCACUACGCCUAUACACACCACUGGACAGUGAGAAUAUGAAAGAUUUUGAAGAUGUUCUGUUUGAAUGCCAUCGGUAUCCUAAUCGCAGUUUAGAGGAGGCAAAUGCAACGCUGCACAGUGCAACGCUACACAACACAACACUGCACAAUACCACACUGCACAAUACCACCGCAACACUGUGUACAAACUGCACUAACUCCACCAGCCAUUCAGUAGGUACUAGCAUAGCACCUGUGCUAUCCUCCGUGCCAAACACCACGAGACAAGUGCCCAGCUCCAGUGCAUCAAUGGCUGCCUCUACUGUAUCUACUGUGUCCGCUACACCCGCUGGUGCAAGUCUACUGUCCGCAUCUCCACCUGGGUCUGCAGCAUCAGCAGCAACAGCAUCUGCAGCAGCAUCUGCAACAUCAUCACCAUCCAACACCAGUACUGCAGCACCAUCAUCUGCAUCCAGUGCACCCAGUGUCAAUCAUAUCCAUGAGAACCUACCAUUGCCUGGCAAUGCAUCACUAAAUGACACCCAGGGUUUGCCAACGGUGACACUCCCGUUCUUUGCUCAAUGUCACAAGUUGAUCAAGCUGCUCAAUGAAACCUUGUUCAAUGAGUCCAUGCACAGGCAUGAACUGUUUGGUGAAGACGAUGUUUCUUUUGAAAUGCUUCCGGACAAUAUCACCAAGGUUGCUGACCAGCUGGAUGGAGUUCGGCGCAAAACAAGGAAAUUUGUGUGCCUGAACGACAACAUUGAUCAUCGCAAGGAGGAGGCACUGGUGAUUAAAGCUAUGAUCCGUGAGUUCUACGAGGCCAUGUUCCCUAAACCAUCGCAGUUUGAAUUGCCAUCGACCAUCCAGAACCGAUUCCUGCACGUCGAUGAGCUGCGUGCUUGGCAAGCCGAGGAGCGGCGACGUCAGUUCUGGAUGCGAGCUAGUGUUGUUUCGUUAUUCGCUAUUCUAUUUGUUGUCUUUUGUCUACCAAAGGUCCGACGCUGGUUUCGUCACCUUGGCAAAUUAUUGGGCUUCGUGCCGCAGCGUGUCCGCCUUGAAAUGAAGAGAGUGUAGGAAUUUUAAUUUUUACUUGUAACUUUUUGCACAUUACUCUGUGCCUAGAGUGCAAUUUUGAUAAUUGCUGCUAUUUGUCUUUCUAAAUCCUCUGAUGUGCCGCUGUCCUUUCAUGAUUCGUCCUGUCGCGAGUUUUGAAGACGUGUUGAGACUUUUACAGAAGAUGUGUACGCAAGCACGAUGUUGCCUAGAUAGUGCACUGUGUUCUGACGCUCUUCUGAGAAUGCCGUUGCCGCGGCUGCGCUCGGUUUUGUCAUUGUUCUAGGGUACGAGUAUGGGCCAUGCAAGCGAGCUUCACGUAACUGUUAUGAUAGUAAUUUAUGAAAUGAUCAUUCACCCAUGUGUGGCUCUGCUUGCACUAGUAUUAGUUUAUAGAGACAGCACCUUGCUCAUUCAAGUUCAACUACGUGUAUUUGUGAUAGGAUCCAUGAGAAAUAUUAUUAUUUUUCAUAUAACACGCUGAAGUUAGGCAAGAACUUUUUUUAACGUCUUUUCGCAGUGUACAUUUUGUCCAAUUUUGUCAAACAUAAAGAAGUGGCAACUGGACUGUGGUGUGUAUGAACUGUGAAGUUUGGGGAUGUGCGUAGAGGAUGCGGAACUGCGUAACAAUAUGCGUAACAAUAUGCGUAACAAUAUGCGUAACAAUAUGCGUAACAAUAAGGUGUGCAUACAUGUACAAGUAUGAGUACCUUUUCCAUUCCCUCAACCUGUGAAUAUACAUGUACAUCUCAACCUGUGAAUAUACAUGUACAUGUAUUUAUUUUGUAUAUCGUAUUUAUUUACAUGUACACUGUUUGGAAGCUUUGUUACAACUUUGUUACAACACGUAUUACUACGAUCACCA